AUGAUCCGAAAAGACAGACAAACAAAGAGAGUGAAGGGUGAAUCUGUUGAGCAAACUUUGACUGAGUUUAAUCACACCGACGUGGACCAUCGAACUCAUAGCACUUCAUCCAAUCAGUCAUCCUUCUUGACCGAUCAUGAUAAACUUCCACCUAUCUGGUGGUCAAAUGCAAUUUUUUUUAUUUCCGUACAUGCCUUCGCGGUAUUCGGUAUAAUCUUUAUCGCACCCGUUCAUAAGGUUUCGAUAAUCAAUCUGAUCUUAUGUUGGACAUACUGUCAACUUGGUACCUUUGGUAUCACCAUUGGUUAUCAUCGCUUAUGGUCUCAUCGCGCCUUUGUGGCUAUCGAGCCAUUUCGUUGGUUUCUUGUCUUUGCUGCUUCCUUCGGAUUCCAGGGUAGUGUACGUUGGUGGGUCCUUCGACAUCGGCUGCACCAUCGCUGGACCGACUCCGAGGAUGACCCUUAUAAUGCCAAAAAAGGACUCUUGUUUUCUCAUAUGGGAUGGAUAUUUCGUAAACCAAAGUAUGAGAAACUGAAACUAGUGGAUCGGUCUGAUCUUGACCGUGAUCGUGUUCCCUUGGUAAAUCUAAAUCAUGGUCUCAAUUUCAAUGCGGUUAAUAUGGAUCUUUUUUUAAAACAAACAGUGGUGAACUUCCAACACAGAUAUUAUAUUCCUAUCAGUGUUAUCAUUGGAUUUGUUCUGCCGCACUUCUUGUCGACCUACAUAUUCAAGUGUAACACACAUUCAACUUGGGAUGGCUUGAUCUGGGGCGGGUUUGUGUCAAGGCUGAUAAUUUGGCACUUGACCUUUUUUAUCAAUUCUCUGGCGCACUAUGUCGGUGAUCAGCUCUUUGACCUUGACAUCACCGCCCGUAGCAACUUUUGGCUUGCUAUCUUUACAUGUGGUGAAGCCAAUCAUAAUUAUCACCAUGUAUUCCCAAGAGACUAUCGUAAUGGACCAGCUACGUUAGAUUGGGAUCCGACAAAGUGGAUCAUCUAUCUUUUAUACACCUAUACGCCGCUAGUGACAAAGAUCUACCUCACACCACCUGAAGAAAUAGAACUUGCAAGGAAAAGAGUGUUAAGAUUGACACGUCUGGCACCUAGGCCUUCACUCAAAGUCGGAGGUCCUCGCUGGUUUCCUUCGCUUGAAGACUUAUUCAGCCAGCGUGGACCAGAACCUUCGCCAACGUGCGACAGCGAUAGUGAUGAGAAUACAAGCUUGCGAGGUUCGCAAUGGAUGGAUCGUGAAGGCGUCAUUCACAAGAUGACCGGACAACCAACGUCGAGUUUGAGGAAAACGGGACUUACGCUUUUACCCUCUUCCGCUUCAGAAUCUGAUUCUGAUUUCGCUCCCGCACAAGACAAAUCGCCUGGCGGCGGUGUUUCUCCAGCACAUUCAAUCAGCCUUCAAGAGAAUGAAGCUGGAGACGUCAAUGUGAUCCGGAGUCGACAUCGAUCAAUACCUAGUUGGUCAAAAGCUCAGAUCAGUCAGCAUCUCUUGGACUAUCUUGUUGGAAAAUCUGAUCAACAGAACCAUCUUGAAAGAGAUGUGAGCACUAUACGGACAAAAUUACAGAAGUCAAUCAUCCUACUCAUUGAUGGCUACCUCUUGGAUGUCACGACAUACGCCUAUGAGGGAAACCACCCCGGAGGCAUCAAGAUCCUUCGACAAUAUUCCAUCAUCCGUCCGGCUGCACUUUUGUCGAAAUGUCACAAAGAUGAUAUAUCAGCCAACGGUGACAUAGUCGAACUUUCGUCGCGCAGAGAUGAUGAAGAUGAUGAUUCUAAAAGGAUUUCAAGCGUGAUUGACCAACUGGCGACCGAUGAUCGUUUGACGGAAAGCAAUGAUUCUUGGAUGAGCGGUUAUCAGAUUGAAUGGAUCGACUCUAGUGACGCAUUUUACGUCCAAUUAAAUCAGCACUCAUGGCCCGCUAGACAGAAGAUGAAGCAGUUCCGAAUUGCAAAAUUGGUUCCAUGA